UGUUGGGUGUUCACUGUUUGCAGCUUGGGUUGUAAAUACUACGCGCGUUGAUUUUGUUGUGAAUUUUUGUGUAGAUUCCUACGUGUAAAAUAACUAUUUGCCUCGAAAAUCAAAUAAAUAUGUGUGUAACAUAUGAAAGCUAUAUCCAAGAAUUGUGAAGUGCUAGUGGUAAUGUGAAUAUUCUGGAUGAUAGCAAUGUGAAAGUAACACGAAGGAACAGUUCUUAAUAGUCAGUAAGAUCGUAGCAGUAGCCUUGCAAUUGUCCUGUAUACUACAAAUCAGCUGCGAAGUAAAGCCGCUGCUACAUGAGAGACAGUGAUAAAGUGAAGAAAUUCAAUAUAUCUGAAAGGCAAGCUAUUAAAGUGAAUCAAAAAGUAUCAACAACGGUUUAAAUUGGGUGAACAAAUGCCUAUACCAAACCAGCAAUAUCAGCAAACAGUUGUGUAAUGACAGGGAAAGUGUUUGCUCAAGUGUGUAACUAUCGGAUGGUGCGACAGUGAUCGCAUACAACUUACGCGGUGUGAAUACCCGAAGAAGAGGAAGAGUGCAUCAUCAUCAUCACCGUCGGGUUGAUAGUCCGAGGGAUGUGUUAUACGUAGGAAACAAGUGAAGCAUGUCGUUUGUUCGACACAGUAACAAGACAAACAAGAAGAGAGGAUAGGAAAUCAGUUGACUAUAAAUAUAAUGGCAUUAUUCAAUAAGCUGUUUUCAACUACUAAGAAGCGCAGUGCUAGUUCAUCAACACAGAAAUCUACCUCAGGAGAAUCAAGUUUCACUGCUGACCAGGUUCGCGUGGUUCUUUUCCGCGAAUGUGACAUCCGAGGUCGAAAACUACUAUUUGACUCCAGUGCGGUCGAGAAAAUUUCCGACGUAUCCAAUGCAGCAACAACGACGGCAGGAACUACGUCCAGUUGCAGCACCGCGACACAAAGCCACAAAGCGAUCCAACAGUGUGGAAAAUGUGAUCAUUGUAAAGUUUUAUAUCAGCACAACAGCAAUACCAAAAGCGAUAUCAAGUCAUUGGCCGAGAUGGUUUUUGGUUCUGCCCCGAUAGCAUUCCAGGGCAGCAGUUUAAAGGUACAUUGGUUAAAAACUCCAAAAGCCAUUAUGUAUUCCCAUGUGUUUCCUACGCCGGGACGAUAUGCAGCCAACAGUAGCAGCAACAGCAGUAAAAAAGUCUCCACUUCCAUCUACUUGGGCUCUGAACUGCCAGGUAAUGGUCAGAGUGGACUAUAUUACGACCGACAUCCAUCGGGAAGUGAUCUUAGCUCGAUAGAUACAACGUCGCUACGGUCGUUUACUGUUACUUCGUCCACUUCGACGCAAUACGAUACUUCGUACAACCACAGACAAAGGCCACCGCUGCCAAUCGAGUUUGCGCAUUUGGAUCAUCUGGCAGAUCCGAGACUUUCAACCAACAGUGGCCUUGACUCAGGGUAUGGCGGAACGGACCCUUGGGCGUUUUCAUCAAGUCAAUCACGCCAUCCACUGUCUUCCCACCGAAGCAGUUUAGCAUCAAUUUCAAGUGAUUUUGAAUGUUUUCGAAGACUUAGUAUAGAUACCAGUAUUGAUAUUCCGCAACCUCUGAAUUGCACUAGUUUAGACGACUGUAGUCAGUAUGGCAGCUUUCAUCGACGCGUGUCGAAAAAUCUGUCCACCUCAUUCGAAAACCGACUCACUCUAGCAGAUCACGUGGGACACAUUGACGAGCUCAAUCCGACCGGUUCGGUGAACAUUAGCAGUCAAGUGACAGCGAGCGAUGGUUGCGUCGGUGGUAGAAAUCGAAGGAACAGUGAAACCAUAGAACUGACUAGACGAAAAGCGUUUAGCGGGGAAGUUCUUUCAACUGCGACCAAUUAUCACGGGAGACCCUUGCACAAAAAGGCACGUCUAGGAAUUGCGCUGUGCGUUCAAUUAAACGAUGACAUGCUGCAGGAAAUUGAAGCAUUCUGCUCGGAACACAUGAGUAUAUUUGAAUCAAUGCUGUGCCGUUUAAGAAUGGCUGCCGAAAACGCAUGCUACAGGUGGCCGCAGUUACUCCAGAUAAUGCUGGCUGCAUGGCACUCAACGCAGCAGUGGUUAGUGGAUUUUUUCACUGCACCCAAACUGGUAAAUCCUGUGUGGCUAACGCUAAGCAGUGGCGCGUGCACUCUUGGAACUCAUAGCAGUACAUAUCCUAAUCGAGCGGCGCUUACAAUCGCUAAUAAUUUUAUGAACGAUCUUUGUUCUCUGCUAUCGCUAGCCGACAUUAAGGAUACAAAUUUCUUUAUGAGCACACUACUAACGGCGGUAUUAACGCACCACCUGGGCUGGGUGAGUACCAUUGCUCCGGUGAGUGGUUCCGCUGACGAGGCAGAUACAGGUUCCGCUACAAUACAGCGAGAGAAGGAGAAGCUGUGCAAACUAACCGCCAAUCACCCGUACAACGUACUGUGGGCCCAAUUAAGCGAUUUGUAUGGAGCCGUCGGACACCCGGUGAAACUGUCGAGAACAAUUAUCUGCGGAAGCCCUCAAUUGAGCAAUACCAUGGAUAAAAUUCUAAAUGUGCUAUCUUACUUUAUAAGGUGCAGCGAGAUCAAGCGGGCAGUCCACGUAGAGGCUUUCGACGAGAACAAAGUUGAGCAGGCAUUCGCUGCACAAAGGAUUAUAAAUAAUUAUAACAACAGUGUGAUGGGCUUUGGUGGGAAUAACAGUGGAGAAAAUAGAGGAGAACACAAAUCCCCCAGAUUGUUGCGAUCCGGAUCUGGGAUGGUUCGUUCGGCAACCAGGACCAAAGACUUAACAUCGAUGGCUGGUAAUGCAGCAAGUCCUGCUGAGAGCGAACUGUCCAAGCUAAUGAAGAAAACCGUUAUGAAUGAUAUUCCAAACGUUCUGGCUUUUCGUGAUUCAAGGUUCGUACAGCAGGAGUUAAGGAUAGGCAAUAAGAGCAUGGACACCGAGAUGGUAAUGGAUGCAAAUCAAAAGCGAUUCCUGGAGAUGAUCUAUCAUAUAAAGAAAGAAGUUGCUGGUUCACAGAUUAGAAUGACUUUGACGCAACCUGAUGAGACAGGACAAGAAGCUAUAGAACUGGACGUUAAUGACAAGGAUGAUGUGGAAUCUGUUCGACUGUCACGAUUGAUCACAGAUACCAACAUAGGAGAGGGCGAACACAGUCAAAGAAUACUCUGGGGUCUUGGACGGAUUAAAGAAGGAUUUUCAAUGGAGCAGAUGAAGUACGUUGAUGGCUUUCGAGGUGACUACGAAGUAUCGAGGCAAAAUAAACCAAAAGAGGACGUAGUAUUUGUACUAGGAGAAAAUGAACAGUUAGUGAAUAUCAAACAUGCACAGUCGUCGGCUGCUUCUGGAAAAUCAGCCGAACAAGGGGCAGUGGGUGGUAAAAUCUCUUGUUCGCACAGUAAACUUCGAAAACAUUCCGUAAUUUUCAAUUUUGAUCGCUAUCCAAAAGUAGUGGAAAAUUAUCUGAAAAGUCAAAAUUUGGAGCUCACUGAAUACGAUAUUCUCGACAAAAGAGUCAAGUUGGAAAUGGUACACAAACCUAACCUGGAAGCAGAAUCUGCUCCUCAGCCUGAUCCUAUUGAAAAAGAAUGCGACGUCUGUCGGAACACUUCUCUCUUCUACCUACAAACUCCGACCAAUGCAUCAGAACUGGAAUUUUCCAACGAUCUCAACGAGGAAAGCAGCUACGGUUCUUUUCACGAGUCUACGAGUAAAUCGAGCCUGGAGGAGGAACUACGAAAAUAUCCAGGGUUUCAACCGCACGAUAACAUUCCGAGGCUGUAUUCAACAACUAUGGCAACGUUGGAAGAAAAUUGUGAACUUAAUGCUAAGCAUCCGGACAGUAUUUUAAAGCUGGUGGAGAUUCCAAUGUUUAAAACUACGAGCGCUAGCUUGAAUGACGAGAACAACAACGAUAAGACUGAUAAGCUAGGCAAAUAUGCGCCUAAAGCUGGGUUUAUCCCUUCCCUGUUCUCCCGUGUUACCGAUCACUACAUCCCAGACAUGAUUCUGCAAGGUACGACUGCUCCUUCCAACAAAUGGGAAAAAGCAUUGAAGAAAGACCUAGGAUUGGCUUCCAAGUUCACUCUAAUGGAACAGUAUCCUAUAGAAAAUUUAGCUGUGGUAGCUAACCUGGAAACGCACGAGGUUCGCAUUGUAUCGUCUCACACUGCAUCGUUGAUUCCAUCUAACUGUGAUGGCGAUCUGGUCGGUAUGUCGCAACUGGUUUCGUAUAUGCUGGAAACGGUUCAUGCCAUGUGGAGUUCUGGUUUAUCAGCUUUUCAGUGUAUGGCAUUCAUCGAAUCGAAAAUGCGCGAAUUCUAUCUGCAGUCGGAAACGAUUGCUAGUUUUCUACUUGCUACGGAUUUUUGCACCAUUGGAUCAAUCACUUCAGCAUUGGAUAUCACUGCCAACGAUAUGCCGUUGUUAUUGUCGGUGGCUUCAAUUCAUGCACCCGAAGUUACAAAACGGUACGGAAUACAGUGUCGAUAACGAUGCUGAUAUUGGGAGGUUCGUUUUUGUGAUAUUAGAGUUUAAGACCCAAAGGGCAUUGAACGCUUCAGGAAGAUCUGUUAGGUGUUAAACAAGUAUUUAAACCAGGUGUAAGCAAAGACUUAUCUUCGAAUCAGUGAGGGUAUAGCUAGCUCUCUUCCUUGGCGGAGGUCAUUUUUAAGACCAACGUUAAGUUGUGUUGUGAUUUUAGGAUAGCCGAAAAUUUGACUAUCUUUAGCAUCAGUUAGGACUAUAACUAGAUAGUAAUUUUGUCGGUUCGAUUCUUGCUACUAGAAGAAUAAAGUAUUGUAAUUUAUUUGUCCAAUUAUUAGAAACCAAAAAUGGUAAAAUAACUAGCUAUGCGCUACUGCUUAAAUACGAAAUAACAAUUACAACCAGUUUAUUUCUUAUAACUGAUUGCUAUUUUGGAAUUGAAAUGAUGACAUCCAUGCCGCAAAUGUUUUUUUUUUUUCGAAAAAACUAAGAAUGAAACCAUUGCUUUCUUUUCCAUUUAAAUUAAAUAUGUGUAUAAUACAGGUUACGGGUGAAUGAACAGAUCCAAAA